AUGCCGGAGUCUGCACUGUCCCGGUCCGCCUCGGAGGGCCGAGUGUCCGAGGACCGCGCAGCCAGGAAGCUGGACCUGCGAAGGCGCGCCAAGGAGAUCGUGGCCUUGAACUCCCUCUACGCGCAGUCGAGCUCGGGGAGCCUGCAACAUGCAGCCCUCCCACGGAUCCGGCGGGUGCUGGAGGCUCAAGAGGAACUCCUGGCUGAGCAGGCAGACCAGAACUUAGGCAACAUCCGCGACAAGCACUGGGCCCGAGACCGCUUGCGCCGCGAGAAGGCGUAUGCCGCGCAGCUGCCAGCCCCGGAGGUUGGGAAGAAAUGGGUCCUACGGCGCGGCACGUGGUUCUACGAGGGCGGCCCGGAGCCUGAAAAGCUGCCAGCAGACGAGGCCAUGGACAAGUUUGUGAAGGAGGAAGAAGCCAGAGGGCGAGGGCCUCGCUGGGAGAACGGGAUCGCGAAAGCAGGACUGAUGAGGAGAUGGAACCAGCGGAAUCCCUUCGGCGGCUUCUUCGACGA